AUGGCAGGUCCCAUACGCCUGAACCGCAAGUACAGCAUCCUCAGCUCCGCCAUUUGUUUGGGUCUCGUCAUCGUGGUGUACUACAUGUACUGCGUGGGCGAGCUGCCAAAGUUCUUUUCCGGCAACUUCAAUGAAGGAAGCCUUCGACAAUCCAAACCAUUGACAGAGACGAAAGAUGACGAGAUUGCCCUCAAAUCGCCAAAGCCCCCAGCUGCUACUGCGAGUCUUCCGGUAGAUUAUUCGCCCUUAACAUUCAGCGAAAGCCAGCAGAAAUGCGAGCUAUUCUUCACGCCGGCCUAUCUCAAGCACAUCGCGACCCAUCAACUACCAUACUGCGAAUCGGAGUCGCUAAGCGCAUUUCAGUGCUUCACAGCACCACGACUUACGAUACCGAUGACGGGAGGGUGGGGACAGACCGACCCUCUGUGCAUCGCCCAAGGCGUGUCUUUUCGUCCGGAGCAGCAGACCGGCUCAGAGCAGGAAUUUGGCAUCCAAUGCAAACUUCGGGAUCUAGCAGCGGAGCGAGCCAACUCCUCAGAUGUUGCAACUGAGCUCGAAGGCUUCCGUGACCGGCCUACAGACUGGGGAUGGUAUUGGGGUGAUACAGGCGUGGGUGCUUCGUUGAAGACCUGGAAGUUUGAAAACAGCGGGGACAUCGAAGGCUGUACACGGGAGAAGAGUGAUAGCAAGGAGUGGGUGAUGCUUAUGCGACGGGAUAGCACCGACACACACAACCUAUGGCACAAGUUGAUGGAGAUUUUGCAAGCGCGGCAUAGUUUGGAUGCAGUACGGAUCGCUAUCAAUCCUGCCACCGGAACACCUUGGCUGUCCGACGAAGAUGCCGCGCAUGUUCAACUAGUCUUUGACGAUGAUCGGGAGGAGCUACUGGAACCACUCUGGGAGAUUGUUACUGGGAAAAAGCCCAUCCGCAAGAGCUCCUGGGAGCGAGCAGCUUGCUUUGGCAAUGUGAUCCUUCCGCUUCCUGGAUGUGGCAGUCCUUUUUGGUCUAACCUACUGGACACUGGCUAUCCUGAGGCCUGCCCCUCGCAGACGCUUUUGACGACAUACGUCCACCGCAUCUUUGAAUUCUACGGCGUGGUCCAGCGCCCUGUCACCGAGAUUCACAAACAUCCGACUAUUACAAUCGUGGAGCGAAAAGAGAAUAGGAAGUUUGUCGCACUCGACCGUUGGGUGAAAAGUCUGAAGGAACGCUACCCACAGUCUCCUAUCAAUGUGGUCGAUUUCGCCAGUAUUACAAUUCAAGAGCAGAUUAAACUUGCCCAGUCGACUGACAUCCUCGUUGGCCAUCACGGCGCUGCCAUGACGCACAUCAUUUUCAUGGCACCUGGAGCGACGGCUGUUGAGAUUCUGCCUCGACAUUUCGACCAGCAUAGCUUCCGCUCUGCAGCUGCGAUGCGUGGAGUUAAUUAUAUCGCGGGCAGAUGCAUGCAUAAAGAGGAGUAUGAGAAUGCUGUGAAUGGCACACCGUUCCCGCAAGACUGGACACCUCCCACGCCCCAGGGAUUCAAUCAUUGGCAGAAUGAGGAGUGGACAUAUUUGAUGGAUGAGGAUUUUCUGGGCUUGGUCGAUGCUGCGGUCAGGAGUCAGAUGAACAAACUUGGAAGCAGCGACUCAUAA